GCACAGUAUGGAUGCAGCAGAUUCUUGUUAAGAUCAUGGAUGCUGUACAUCCUGACCAGGUAGAAGAUGGCACCAAUAGGGUGCGUGUUCCUUUGCUGGAGGACCGCUGCUUGGACAAGGUUCUUGGAGAAAGGCCAGAUCCUAGGGUUUACCGUACACACCUCCCCACUAACAUGUUGCCCCAUGGUGUGAAGACCAAGCGAAUCAAGGUUGUGUAUGUGAUGAGGAACCCGAAGGAUGUCCUGGUAUCCCUCUAUCACUUUGCUCACAGUUGGGUCCUCUUGGAAACACCAAAGAGCUUUGAGGAUUUCUUUCAGGACUUCCUUGAUGGCAAUGCUUUUAUGGGAUCGUGGUUUGAUCAUGUGAGAGAAUAUUACAAUGAAAAAGAUCAAAUGGACAUCCUUUUCGUCAGGUAUGAGGACAUGUUGAAGGACCUCCGAGGGGAAGUUGUGAAGCUUUGUGCUUUUCUUGGAAAAGAUUUGACUGAUGAAGCCAUCGAUCAUGUUGUGGAGACGUCCACCUUUAAAAACAUGAAGACAAACCCCAAUGCCAACUACAUGGAAUUACUUGAAAAACAACGCUACCAGAAGGAUACCAUGCGCAAAGGUGUGGCGGGUGACUGGAAGAAUCACUUCACAGUGGCCCAGAAUGAGUAUUUUGACCAAGUGUUCGCAGAGAGGAUGAGUGACCUGCCUCUGAGCUUCACCUGGGAGCUCAAACAGUAA